AUGGCGGGCAUACCAUUCACCAAGCACUCAUCGGCCCUCACCCAAACCGAAGAGCUGCUCACAGCCGACAAGAGCGUGCUUACCGAGAUGCACAUACCUGAUCUGGAUGAUGCCAUUAAGGAAUUUACCGAACUUAAGGAAGCCCAGAAAAUGAGAAGUAAACAAGAGAAGAGUCAGCAUCACCACCAGGGAAAGGAAUGCGAAUGUGUGGGACGUGUUCAGAAGGCGGAGCUGAGUGUGCUGGCCCUGCAGUACCACAUGCACCGACAGUACUGCAGCAAUGGUCAUCUGCCAGGUAAAUCUUCAGCCAAUAUUAUGGCUGUUCUAAAAAAACUGGAAUUGGACUAUACUAAGAUGAGAGAGGAGGUCCUGGCAGGGAUUCCUUUGGAUCAGCUUCAGCCUUUGACAGUAGAUUGUGAUGAGUGUUUGGCUGAAAGAAAGGCCAAGAUGGACUGCGGCAAGGGUGCGUGGAAAGAGCUGAACACGGGAGCGGUGUGGGACGAUGCUGAGGAAAAUCUUGAUCCAGCCUUGAUACCUGCUGAGUUGAAAGAGCAAUCAGGGGAGAUGUCAGAUGUUAACACAGAAUUGGCCAAGGAAAUGACUACUGGACUUGGUUUGCUUUACGUAGCCAACAAUGUGACUAAGAAAAGUUUCAGCAUCAGGAGCACACCCACAGCAAAGAUAACAGUGGUGUCCCUGCAAUAUGGCACAAUGGCGGCAUUCGACACCCUGAUGGCUGAGCUGACGCACUUCCACCCCUGCGUGCCGAGGCGGAGCAUUGUGGAUGCUUUGGAGGAGCUGUGGGACAUUUACCAAAGUGACCUCUGGCCUCUGCCCCUCACCACUAUCAGGCAAAUGGCAUCCGACCUCCUUACCAGGCCAGCGAAUGUGACACCACCUUAAGAUGACAUUUUGUCGACAUUGUACUUCUAUUUGGCCUUUCAAAGUCACGAUAUGCCCACAAAGUUUGAAAAUCCCCAGUUGGGUACAAAUAUGGUUACAUUUGGGAGCCGAUGCCAGCAGGAUACGUUAGAUUUGUGCUAUCGUGAUAGUUUUUGCUUUCAGAAGUUUCCUCCGCCAGCAUACUGUUAUGUUCCAAUAGAGCUCUGUUAAAAUAAUUUGUUUCCUGCUUAGUCGAACGGCCCUUGGUGGAAUAAAAACACUAGGAUUCACACCAAUGUUAAUGUGCAUUUAAACUAGGUAUGUUUUAUUACAGCUGUUUAAUGGAUACAAAAUGUUCAUCUCAUUGAGAAUGUAUUAUUUUUCUCUAUACAAAUGCAAAAAAAAGUUUCUCUUUUAGGUCGAACUUCUGUUGGCUGUCAUAAGUACAGCUUUACAGCCUGUUUUUGGUUUGUUUUUUGCA